AUGGCUCCGAACUUCAAGAAGGUUAUGGCUUUCGGCAAGAACCGUACCCCUCAUGCUCCCCAGCCUCUGAGGCAGGAGGACCAUGAUGACCUGGAGGCGGGGAACUUCCUCUCGGAAACCCAGAACAUGUACUCCAACCUGGAUGUCGGUGCCCCCAAGGGCGGUGGCGCUCAGUACAUGGAUGAAUACAGAGCUCUGAUCCGGUAUAUCGACACCUACCGGGACCCCAACGCCGAGGUCGAGAUCGAGGAGGAGACAGUCGAGAAAAAGAAGCCAUGGUGGAAGGGAGGCGGUGCUGCUGGGGGUAAGAAGUUCAGCGACUUCGUCACCCCCACGGACUGGCUCAACACCGAGCUCAGGGACGGCCUCAACAACAUGGAGGUCGAGAGGAGGCGCAAGAGCGCCGGCUGGAAUGAACUGACCACGGAGAAGGAGAACAUGAUUAUCAAGUUCAUUGGCUUCUUCCGUGGUCCCAUUCUCUACGUCAUGGAAGCGGCAGCUAUCCUGGCUCUUGGUCUUCAGGACUGGAUCGACGCCGGUGUCAUUAUCGGUAUCUUGCUGCUCAACGCUAUCGUCGGUUGGUAUCAGGAGAAGCAGGCUGCCGACGUUGUCGCCAGCUUGAAGGGAGACAUCGCCAUGAAGGCUCGUGUUGCGAUAUUACUCAUCUGCGACUACGAGCAGGGUGCCGAGGGCUUCCAGAAGUACAAGACCGAGCUACAGGCACAGGACGUCGGCUCCCCGCGCCAGGAGAAGUUCGAGGAGGGCGACGACGACGAGGGAACCCCCCACAUCGGACACCCUAUCGUCGCCAUCGACCAAUCUGCCAUCACCGGCGAGUCUCUUGCAGUCGACAAGUACAUGACUGAUGUCGUCUUCUACACCACCGGCUGCAAGCGAGGCAAGGCCUACGGUGUUGUCACCUGUGGAGCUCAGUCUUCCUUCGUCGGCAAGACCGCUUCUCUCGUCCAAGGUGCUCAGGACCAAGGUCACUUCAAGGCCAUCAUGAACUCCAUCGGAACCGCGCUCCUGGUCCUCGUCGUGCUCUUCAUGCUCGCCGCCUGGAUUGGCGGUUUCUACCGCAACCUGAGCAUUGUUGGCGAAGCCGAGGACUCCACGAACCUGCUUCACUAUGUCCUCAUCCUCCUCAUCAUUGGUGUCCCAGUCGGUUUGCCCGUCGUCACAACCACAACCCUGGCUGUCGGCGCUGCCUACCUCGCCCAGGAGAAAGCCAUCGUGCAGAAGCUUACGGCCAUUGAGUCUCUCGCCGGUGUCGACAUCCUGUGUUCUGACAAGACCGGAACCCUGACUGCCAACCAGCUCUCGGUCCGUGAGCCGUUCCUGAUGGACGGAGUCGACGUCAACUGGAUGAUGGCCGUUGCUGCUCUUGCUUCCAGCCACAACAUCAAGGCCCUCGACCCCAUUGACAAGAUCACUAUCCUCACGCUGAAGAGAUACCCCAAGGCCAAGGAUAUGAUCUCCGAGGGCUGGACGACGGAGAAGUUCAUGCCCUUCGACCCCGUGUCCAAGCGUAUCACCGCCAUCUGCACCUACCAGGGCGUCCGCUAUGAGUGCUGCAAGGGAGCCCCCAACGCCGUGCUCGCCAUCAGCAACUGCUCGCCCGAGCAGAAGACCCUGUUCAAGGAGAAGGCCACCGAGUUCGCCCGCCGCGGUUUCCGCUCCCUUGCCGUUGCCGUUCGCGAGGCCGACGGCCCGUGGCAGAUGCUCGGUAUGCUGUCCCUCUUCGACCCUCCUCGCUCGGAUACCGCGCAGACCAUCGCCGACGCCCAGACCCUUGGUCUCUCGGUUAAGAUGCUUACGGGUGACGCCAUCGCCAUCGCAAAGGAGACUUGCCGUAUGCUUGCCCUGGGCACCAAGGUGUACAACUCGGACAAGCUGCUCCACUCCGACCUCGCCGGGAACUCCAUCUACGAUCUUUGCGAGCGUGCUGACGGCUUCGCUGAGGUCUUCCCCGAGCACAAGUACAAGGUCGUCGAGAUGCUGCAACAGCGUGGCCAUCUGACUGCUAUGACUGGCGAUGGUGUCAACGAUGCCCCGUCCCUGAAGAAGUCCGACUGCGGUAUCGCUGUCGAGGGUGCCACAGAGGCUGCCCAGGCUGCUGCCGAUAUUGUCUUCCUCGCCCCUGGUCUGUCCACCAUCGUCUCGGCCAUCAAGAUCUCCCGCCAGAUCUUCCAGCGCAUGAAGGCCUACAUCCAAUACCGUAUCGCCCUCUGCCUGCACUUGGAGCUGUACCUGGUCACCUCCAUGAUCGCCAUCAACGAGACCGUCCGCGUCGACCUGAUCGUGUUCCUCGCCCUCUUCGCCGAUCUGGCCACCAUCGCCGUCGCCUACGACAACGCGCACUUUGAGCGCCGCCCUGUCGAGUGGCAGCUGCCCAAGAUCUGGAUCAUCUCCAUCGUCCUCGGCGCCCUCCUCGCCAUCGGCACGUGGAUCCUGCGCGGCACGCUCUGGCUCCCCAGCGGCGGUGUCAUCCAGAACUACGGCUCCGUGCAGGGCAUCCUCUUCCUCGAGAUCUCGCUCACGGAGAACUGGCUCAUCUUCGUCACGCGCGGCUUCGAGACGUACCCGUCCUUCCAGCUGGUGGCGGCCAUCUUCGGCGUCGACAUCCUGGCCACCCUGUUCGCGGCGCUCGGCUGGUUCACCGGCGGCGAGAGCUCGACCAUCCCCGCCGUGCCGGAGAUCGCCUCGGACCCCAACGGUAGGACGGACAUCGUCACUAUCGUGGUGGUGUGGUGCUUCUCCAUCGCCGUGACAAUCGUUAUCGCGAUCGUGUACUACGUCAUGACCGGCAUGGAGACCCUCGACAAUCUCGGCCGCAAGAAGAGGAGCGCAUCCGACACGCUUAUGGAGAACGUUCUCACGCACCUGUCCAAGGUGGCCAUUGAGCAUGAGAGGGACGACGACGGUUCCAACCGCUGGUAUCUCGCCCAGAAACAGAUAAAAGAAGAAGACGAGUAG